GCUCUCAAUUGUUAACAGUUUAAACAUGAACGGAAAUCAUUUGAAAAAUAUUCGUUAAACGGGCUUUUUUUUCUAAACAUUCAGUGAUGAGUCUUAGUUUUUUUUUUAAGUUAAAGAAAUUUUGUUGUUUCAGUUUUUCUACGGAACAAAACUAAUGAGUUAUAACUGUAAAAAAUCAAGUAUUUUGUUGUUGUGUUUUUGAUCAAAGGAUAGCAAUAACAAAAACAACAAGCAACCGAAUUCUUUAAUGAACGGAAACAAUUCUGUGUGCAAUAAGCAAAAAAAGAAAAAAAAUUCUUUUGUGCAAAAAAAAAUAAAUAAAAGCAAAGCAAAACGAUUUCAAAGGAAAAUGAAAAUAAAUAAAAAGGUUUGAUUCACAUCUUCUUGCAUUUAAUGGUUUGCGACUCGAAUGAUAACAAUGACACAAGCAAUUAAAAUGAAUAUUUCGCACAAAGAAAGAGACGGAAAUUAAAUAAGGAAAGACAAAAAUUAAUAGUAAAUAAAUUAAAUUUCCAAUUAAAUAAAAGAAAAAAAAACAAUGAAAUUUCAUUAUGCUGUUGCCAUUUGAAAGCGUUUACAUGCAAAUGUUUACUUAAGAAAUCGAGUUUUAAUAGUCAAAGUCAUCUUAGCGGCAUGGAUGUUAUAAACAAAGCAAACAAUUUGAACACAACUGAAGAACAACGUUCGCCUAAAGGUUCAAAUGAAAAAUCUAAAAUGCUGGAUAUAACUAGAGACAGACCAGUUAAGGUAGCUGUUAAGGUAGCCGUACCAGUACGUGAUCAUCCAAAGUUUAAUUUCGUGGGAAAAUUACUGGGGCCUAAGGGCAACUCAAUGAAACGUUUGCAAGAGGAAACUAUGUGCAAAAUGGCCGUUUUGGGGCGUGGCUCAAUGCGAGAUCGCAAAAAAGAGGAAGAAAUGCGUGCGAGCGGUGAUAGCCGCUACGCUCAUCUAUUCGAAGACUUGCAUGUGGAAAUAUCAACUUUUGCCGCUCCUGCCGAAGCUCAUGCUCGUAUCGCCUACGCUUUGGCCGAAGUGCGUAGAUUUUUAGUGCCGGAUUACCAUGAUGACAUACGUCAAGAACAAAUGUGGGAAAUGCAAGUUUUAACCUCAUCAUCAACGUUAAACAAUAACAAUGAGGCAGUGAGUCCCAAUCGUUUAAUAGAGGGCGGUAUAACCGAUAUGGAUACAUCGAACGAUGACAAGUCCGAUAAUGAAUUAACUGGAAUGGAUUGUACGACAUCGGAGAAAAAUGAGAAUCCGGCAUUAAGGAUAAGAAAUAGUACAAAUACGGGAAUGUUAACAUCAAAUGGAACAGUACAAGCAAACACAACAGCAAUACAUCCUUCUGUUAUGGCUGCAGCUUUACAGCAUCAAUUGUCGUCAGCGGCAGCAAGCUUAAGUGGUUUAAUAAAACCUACACCGGCCAGUAUGGCCGCUGCCGUUACGGGUUUAACGACGGCAACACCGGCUGUAGCAACAGCCGGCCUUACUAUACCUAACGAAGCUGAUACCACCGCCUCCACUUUAACUUUUUUAGAGCCACCAGGUACAAUUUUGCAUCCAGCCUUGAGAAAUGUUAAGACCAUAAACAUCGCCGGUAAUUUAACACGUAAACGUCCGUUAUUGGGGGUACCACGUUCCAGUAUGAAUCAAACCAAACGCACGGUUAUGACUCUAUUAGCUCGUGCUAAAACCUCACAAACGUUACAUACGAUUAGGAAUCCAGUAGCCGCAGCCACAGCCACUGCAUUCUCGGAUCCUUUACGAAUGUUAGCUUCUCCCUUUAUAAUACCCCACCAACCCAUGGAGCAAUCUAUGUUAGCCUUGUCUAAGGAGUCCUUAGCCCAAGGCGUAUAAAAACGAAAUCCUAUUCGACUAUUUUAAUUGAUUUUAAUCCUCGAACCAGCCGUAUACACUAUGGUGAACUGUUUAGCUUUUCUGUAAGUAUAUCAAAAGAAAAAAGGAAAAAACACGAAACUGCGAUUCUAAUUUAUCCCGCCCUCAUUCGAAAAAUAUAUAUAUAUAUGCAUAUAUAUAUUUAAAGAAAUAACUGAAUUAAAUAAGUUUAGAAAAAUUUUGAAAUUAAAGGCUAUUUACGGAAGAGAUUUUAAAGCGAAAUAAUUCUUGAGAAGAUUUCGACGGCCCCAAGGCAAGUUAUGAAAAAAACAAAAGAAAAAAGAAAACGAAAAUUUCUUUUUUAAAUAUUUUCGUUCUUCUUUUUAUUAUUUAAUUAUUUCAUUUUUUUUUUUUUUUUUUAAUACUUACUAUACUAAUAAAUUGUGAAGGCAGUCAUUUGAAUGAAUUGAAAUGAAGUUGAUUUACUUUACAGUAUGAAAUAAAUAAAAUAAAAAGAAGCAAAUA